AUGAGACUGACUCAGGCCUCCAGCGUCUCUCCACACAUCGGCCUUGUGGCGGCGGCGGUGAGCGACCAUCCCAACGCCUCCUCGCCGACCUCUUCGUCCUGCAGCAUCGAUGAAUCCUACAAGUACGUCUUCCUGCCCGUCUGCUACUCGCUGACCUUCGUCUUCAGCCUCACCCUCAACUCGGUGGUGCUGCUUCGCUCCUGCCGUCUCCAUGGCGGCGGCGGUGGGGGCGGUGGAUGCUGCAGCGGCGUCGGCGGGCGGCGCUGGAACACGUCGCUGAUCUACAUGGUGAACCUGGCCACCACCGACCUGAUGUACGGCCUGUCGCUGCCCUUCCUGGUGGCGAGCUACGUGCUCAGGGAUCGCUGGGUGUUCGGAGACUUCAUGUGCCGCCUCGUUCGCUUCCUCUUCUACUUCAACCUCUACUGCUCCAUCUUCUUCCUCACCUGCAUCUCCGUGCACAGGUAUCUGGGCAUCUGCCACCCGAUGAGGACCAUCACUCUGGAGAGUAAGCGGGUGGUGAAGGGCACCUGUGCGCUGGUCUGGGUGGUGGUCUUCAUCCUCACCUGCCCCAUCUUCAGGUUCGCCCAGACGGGUUUGGUGAUGCGAGGCGGCGGCGGGGCGGUGGCUGGUCCUGGAGGGGCGAAGGACGGCGGGAACCAAACCGGAGAUCAGGAUGGCGAGGGCUACAUGAACUGCUGGGAUGACGCCAUCGAUAAGGAGUUCGCCGACUACGUCCCGUACGGCAUCGUCCUCCACCUGCUGGGCUUCUUCGUGCCCUUCGUCAUCAUCGCCUGGUGCUACUCUCAGGUGGUCCGGACCAUAUUUCAGACGCUACGCUCGCCUCCCAGCUCCGUGGAGGGCGGCGAGGACGGGCCGGUGGGCGACGGGGCGGCCGAGGGAGCCCGAGAGCGGGAGCGAACCUCGGUGUCCAUCUCCGGCUCGCAGUACUCGCACUACAUCCGGCGGCGGCGGAAAUCCAUCAAGACCAUCGUGACCAUCACGCUGCUGUUUGCGCUCUGCUUCCUGCCCUUCCAUGUGACCCGGACGCUCUUCCUGCUGCUGCGACGAGGGCAGCUGGGCGGCUGCAACGCCAUGAAGGCUGUCUCCAUCUGUUACAAGGUCACCAGGCCGCUCGCCUCCUGCAACGCCUGGCUCAACGCCCUCCUCUACUUCCUGACGGGGGAUAAAGGCGCCCCCUGCUGCUGGCCGGCGGGACGCAGUGUCCGCCGGGACCGACGCAGCGGCUCCCUCUGGUGGCCACUGAAGAUCCUGAAGAAGGAGGGCGUCGGCGAAGAUGACCAGGAGGCACCCGAGAAGGUCGAGAGGGAGGUGCACGUGGAGAUCGAGUCCAAGUCUUCAAGGGUCAUCUUCUAG